AUGGAUAGUGAAAGUUUUCAAGACCAGAUUGAUAGGAAAUUGAGGAACGGAGAAGGAAACGAGGAAGAAGUAGGUGAAGGACAAACGCAAACGGAACAAGAGGAUCAAACUCAGACUCAAGACCAGGAUCAAACGCAAACUCAAGUGCAAAAUCAACAAGGAACGAGUGGAGAUCAAAGAGGAGAAGAAGGUAAUGAGGAGCAACCAGUAGCCGGAACACAGAAAGGAAGAGGGAAGGGAAAAGGGAAAGCGGUAGGCCUGAUUAGGAUCAAGCCUUUGACACAACAGCAAGAACAACUUAAGCUGGCAGAAGAGAAGGAAACGGCAUCUCAAGCACGGUUGAUGGUAGAGAAAGAAGCGAAGGAAGCAGCGGAGAAGAGGAUACAAACCAGAGAAGCGGAGGAAGAAGGUGAGAGUGAAGAAGAUGAAGAAGAAGGGAUAUGGGAGGCAGUAGGAGACAAUGGAAACAGUCGAAAGAGCGUAUGGAAUGAUAGAAUUGUGGGAGGAGUGGUGAUUGAGGAAAACCCAGCAUCAUCUAAUGAACCAGUUGUUACAACAGCUACCAAUAGAUUGCUCCAGAGAAUGGACAAGGAGAUUGAAAAAGUGUUUACAGCCCAUGAUCAAACAAGGUAUGAUGCCCUGGUGGAGGAACAAAGACAGUGGUUAGAGUUCAAGGAGAAGAAAGGCGGGGAGAGAGAGAAUAAGGGGACUUCAACAGAACCGACUUUGAAGAAACAAGUCGGACCAGAUGGAAAGAUGGCAGAUAUCAGGGUUAGAGACAAGAAGUAUGAGAAGAGAGCAGGGAGAGAGACGCUGAGGAGAAAUGAAGAUACUUACAGGGACAACCCAUACGCCUUUGGAGCUGUUAAAGCGAUGAUAGACCCAGUCAACGGAGUCAGCUGGGAAGGACAGAAAGGAACCUGGGAUGACGUGGGUAGAGGUGAGACGAGUGAUACGGUAGAUAAGGUGGAGGUUACGAAAAACACUCAGUCCGUUAGAUCAACCUUAUGGGCUCAAUAA